AUGGACUCAAUUCUCUUGCAGAUUCGAGAGCUUUUUGGCAAAGCAGACGCAGAUUCACGUGAUGGAAUUGUCUCGGCUCUGGGAAGUCUUCUUGCAGAGCUGCGGAAUCCCGUGGAUAUUCUGUAUGAUGCCUAUGCAUCUAUACUACAAGCACCAAUGGCUAUGGUUGCCGUAGACUUGGGAUUGUUCCGGAAACUGGCCGCACUGGAGCUGGGGUCUUCAAGGACUGUCAGUCAACUCGCGGAAGAUACAGGGGCAGAUGUCAAUCUCUUGGAACGGAUUUUGCGCUACCUUGCUUCUAUCAGCUACGUCCAGGAGGUAGGCCCUGACCGUUAUACGGCCAGCAAGUUGACUCACAUGCUUGCAAAUCCUAUGAUGGAAGCUGCUCUUACUCACAGCAAUAUGACUAUGAUCCCUGCAGUCAACGCGACACCGGCGUUUCUCAAGGAGACGGGUUAUAAGAACAUCACUGACGGUUCCAAAACCCCAUUCCAGAAAGCUUUCAAUACGCAGUUAAAAGCCUUUGAUUACAUAGCGGGGCGUCCCGAGAUGUUUGAUGCGCUGCAGGUUGUCAUGACCUCUCUUGAGUCCAGUAACUGGACAGCAGGAUUUGAACUUUUUCAAAAAGAAGUCCAAUCCUUUGCGACUUCCACAUCCGAAAGGCAAUUCCUAGUUGAUGUUGGGGGCGGUCACGGUCAUCAAUGUGCUCAACUCCUCCACAAAUACCCCAGUCUUCGUGGAAAGCUCACGCUUGAAGAUCUGCCCGAAGCUGUGAACAAGGCUUCGCGCACAGAAGGCAUUUCGUAUGUGGCACAGGACUUUUUCAAACCGCAGAUCAUCCGCGGUGCGAAAUUCUAUUAUAUGCGUCGCAUUAUGCAUGACUGGCCUGAACAUGACUGUGUUACGAUUCUCAAGCAGCUUGCCGAUGUCUUUGCUGACGAUUCUCGGAUUCUGUUGGACGAGGUCGUGCUCCCAGACACCGGGGCUAACUUGCAGUCCACUAUGGCUGAUCUGUCAAUGAUGGUUGCUUUUGCCGGUGCUGAACGUACUAGCAGAAACUGGCAUCAGCUUGUGGAAAAGGCUGGACUGAAGAUCGUUCAGAUACACACAUUCGACGUAAAAAGGAGUUAUUCGAUCAUCGUUUUAGAGAAGCAUUGA